AUGGCGCUUCGUCUCCUCCUCCUCCUCCUCUUUCCCCUCCUCUCCUCCGUCGCCGGGCUCAGGCGCAGCGACUUCCCGCCGUCCUUCCUCUUCGGCGCCGGCACGUCGUCUUACCAGAUUGAAGGCGCCUACCUAGAAGACGACAAGGGCCUGAGCGAUUGGGAUGUCUUCACCCAUAUUCAAGGAAAGAUUGAGGAUGGAAGCAAUGGCGACGUGGCUGCUGACCAUUAUCAUCGAUACAAGAUAAAGGGGCCUGGCAGUUCCUCCAAAAACAGAAUCUCACUCAAAGUCACACUGGCAGGAGGACAUAGAAAUAAUUCAUUGCUUGGCCUCGACUCCUACAGAUUCUCAUUGUCCUGGUCGAGAAUACUUCCAAAGGGUCGCUUCGGAGGUGUUAAUCCGGCAGGUGUUAAAUUCUAUAACAGCCUCAUCAACGGACUGCUAGGAAAAGGGAUACAGCCAUUUGUGACGAUCAACCACUAUGACAUACCCCAGGAACUCCAAGAAAGAUACGGCUCCUGGUUGAGCCCAGAGAUUCAGGAGGACUUCACCUACUUUGCUGAACUUUGCUUCAAGAUGUUUGGUGACCGAGUAAAGCACUGGGCUACAUUAAAUGAGGCAAAUUUUCUGACAAAGCUCAAAUACUUCAUGGGGAAAUUUCCACCAGCCACUGUUCCGAGCAACUCCUACAUUGCAGCGCAUAACAUGAUAUUAGCUCAUGCAAAGGCGGUCAACAUCUACAGAAAGUAUUACAAGGCCAAGCAAGGUGGCUCUGUUGGAAUUUCAGUAUAUAUGAGAUGGUAUGAACCACUGAGGAAUAUCACAGAGGACCACUUGGCAGUUCCUGGAUCCCUUGUUCUUGGUGACUAUCCUCAUCAAAUGCGCCAAAUCUUAGGUCCAAACUUGCUGAAAUUCACAGAAGGAGAGAAGCAACUACUGAAAAACCAAAUUGACUUCAUCGGCAUAAAUCACUACGAAACAUUAUACAUCAAGGAUUGCAUAUAUUCUCUAUGUGAUUUGGACACCUACGCCGGUGAUGCUUUAGUUACUGAAUCAGCAGAACGAAAUGGGAUACCCAUUGGAAAACCGACACCAGUUGCAAACACCUAUGUGGUUCCAAGCUCUAUGGAGAAGUUGGUCAUGUAUUUCAACCAGAGAUAUAAAAGCAUACCUUUGUACAUCACAGAGAAUGGUUAUGCCCAAAUAGGCAAUAGCAGCACCACAGCAGAAGAAUUAAUUAAUGAUACUGAAAGAUCUAGUUACAUUCGUGACUACCUCACUUACUUGAGCUAUGCAAUAAGGAAAGGAGCAGAUGUGAGAGGUUUAUUUGUGUGGUCUUUGAUGGAUAACUUCGAAUGGCUCUCUGGUUACACCACAAAGUACGGUCUUUAUCAUGUGGAUUUCAAGUCACUAAAGCGAACACCAAAACUGUCUGCUAAAUGGUACAGCAAGUUUAUCAAGGGCUAUGAACAGAUAGAGAUGGCCUCUGAAGAAUCACCUAAGCAUAUGGUUUCCUAG